AAGAAGACCUAAGACUGCUAGUUCAUUGUCAUCGCUACUCAUCACUAGAUAUACGUCACUGUGUGCAAUGCAUAGUUAAUGGUCUCCUGAAACUAUGUUCUCUUACUGAUAGGGAGCUUACUCAUAGGUCUAAUCAACCACCACCACCCUCAUCGACUACUGUUGCUGUGGACCCAGGUCCACAGGCUGACCUCACCAACACACCAUCGCGAAAGCGGCGUACUUUAAGGAGUACACGGUCAUCAGUAUCAGCAAUGAAUAGUUCGGGUAAGGAUAACUGGAUACAGUGCUCAAGGUGUAACAAAUGGCGACGAGUCGUAUUAUCCAUCUAUGAACGGUAUCAAGGUGAUGUACAAUUUGAGUGUAGUGAUCUAGAAGGGGUCACGUGUGGGGAUCCACCUGAUGGUGCUCUAGGAGCAGAUAAUGAAGUCAUUGACCGUGACGAUGCUUCUAUUGGCUGGGUACAAUGUGACAACUGUUCUAAGUGGCGUAUUGUGGAUCAUUCGGUAUAUGAGAGGUUCACUUCUAACUCUUUCCUCAAGUUCGGUUGUCGUGCGAAUGGACGAUCUUGUGAGGAAAUAGGCGAUGAUGAUGGUCUAGAGGAUGAGAAUGAUGACUAUCAUAUGCAUGAUGAUGAUGAUGAGGGCAGCGCUCCUUCAAAGAAACGGUCUCGUCGCGUAGUGGAUAGCGAGAAUCAACGAAGAAGACGUAUAAGAAUAGUUCGUAGUAGUAGUAGUAAUGGUAGUACUCACAAUAGCAGCAUUCGAUAACAUAAUCAUUAUCAUUCUGUACAUCAUUAUUGUUUAUUACUAUCGUCACUGUCCCCCUUUUU